AUGAGGGCCCAUCGUAGGGUGUCUCACUGUGGAGCAGGGCUCUGUACGUCCAGCUUGCUUAACCUGAGACACACAUCCCUGUGCUGCUUCCUUGGGCACUGCUGCCUUUCUGUGGCCACACCGUGCCAAAUUCUUGUUGUUAAAAGAUUCAUCAGGACCUCUUUCUUGUCCUUCGUAGAUUGGUCUGACUGCAGUCCAGCAGAGGGCUCACUUCCCCCACCUACUGAUCCAAAAACUAGACCUUGGCUCAUUUCUCACUCAGGACCCCAGGGUGAAGUGGGGGCUGGUUCCCUGGAAGGGGCCACAGCCCUCCCCCUGCCUCAGACCCGGUAG